GUUUCCUGGCAACCAAGUGCCACAAAGUAAACAUUAGAUUUUUAAUUUUGCAAAAUGUACCCAGCUGUAAAUUUCUAGUGUCUAAGCAGGCAAACCCCAUUGAGAUCUGGAUCUCAUUUUCAAGAGGGACCUGGGCAGAAGUCUGCAAUACACAAUGUACAUGACCUGAGUCGUCCUGCUGGCUGGAGCAACUGGUUGAGUUACAUUUGCUGCCAUCUGUGCAACACCACUGAGGAUCCUCGUGCCUACUCGAGCCAGAGACACGCAGGCAAGCGAGAUCUUGGGACUGGGGAUGAUUCUCCUCGUUGUAUGCGUGUCUGUUUCCUCAUCCUUCUCACGGCUCUGUCUGCAUCUGUCUCCCUGCACUGUGUAAACUGAACAUCCCCUUAGGAAAGAUAAUGCAGUGCUGCUCUACCUCAACUGAAUUGAUCUCCUGUCUACAGAACUAAUCAGGAAUGCCCAAAGAAGACAUCACCUGCAGGCCAUUGGUCAGAAAGUGAGAAAUACUCUGACAGAGAUGUCCACUCAGAGUUGACUAAACUUCGAAGGAGAUCAAUAAUGAAAGAAUCCCCAGAGUUUAUUGGAUAUUGAAUUCCUGUCAACAACGUCUAUACAAAGCUCUUUUCAUCUGCCUCUGCAACACUCGGAUUUAUUUUGGUAAACAAAAGCUGGAACCUUUUUCCUUUCUGUUGGAUAUAACCUUGCAGAGGCUGGCUGAUGUCGCCGCUUGCCUCCAUCCCUUUCAGCUCCUCCGGGGGCUGAGCCAACCUGCAGAGGAGCAUGGGCAGGAGAGUGGCAGAUCCAACUAAUCCGGUGCCUGCGCUGGGAGUUCCUCUGGCUGGGGGGCGAUGGGGUCCAUUUUGCAGCAUUGGGGUGCAGACAUCUCCCAGACUGCGGACUCUACCCUCUAUCAAACGACACUGCAGCCAACAGACCACAACGCAUCAGUCCCUCACCAUGGCGACAGAACAAUCACUGGCAGCGGACACAGGAGGAGCUAUCAGAAGUGACAGCAAGAACCUGCCGUUGUCCAAAGAGACGUCUCAGAACGAAAUCAACAGCCUUACGCAGGACGACAUGGGGUCACAAGGGUCGGGCAGUGGAGUUUAUUGCCAGAUCAGGACUAUACAAACAAACCCGAAGGACAAAAAAGAUAAAAGGACAACUCGGUAUAUAAAUGGGAGUGUAGUAGCUUCAGAUUUGGUGGGAGGCGUUUGCAGUGAAUCUACAGAAAGCAAGGAGCCUGCACAGGAAAAGAGAAGGGUGCAAUCUCUGCGAGGGGAAGGCCAUCGCUCGGUGUUAAAGACAGCAAGCGUUUGUUCAGCUGCACAUGCGACCACACCUCGGCCCUGUCGAACAAUGGCAACCUCGCCACAACGUCUAUGUGUGACGUGUGGGAGGAGACGGUCGCAGAUUACGCAGUGCACAGGUGCAUGUCGCAGGAGAGCAGUCAAUCAAAUAACAGCAAGUCAAACUUUACCUAAUCCACCACGGAAAACAUCUGUAGCCCCCACCCAGUCAAGAAAAGCCUCUGCUGCGCUGAGUUCUCAGUCUUGCUCCAAAAGCACAGACAGAGCCAACCCACUUCAGCCCACAUCAGCAAAGACAGCUCAAAUAUGCCAGUUGUCCCACACCAUGCCAAAAACACACAGUUCACAGUUCAACCACACGGCACAUACUCAUAACCAAACAAAAGACUCAAAGCUGCAGACAAGGCCACAUUCAGCAGACUUUACCUGUUAUAAGGACUCAGCCACACAAACAUCAGAAACACACACACACUCCAACACAGACGGAACGUCAGCUCUCACACAAAAUGCAGAGGCAAACCAAAAACAACCAACAGACAAACAAAAUCACAAUCAGGGUCAAAUCCAGAAAACAGAUGAAUCAGUCUGCAACAUUUCUAAGUCUCAAACGCCUUCCCCUCUCAGUGACUCAAAAUCCAGCAGCAACCCACCUCUCCCACCAAAACACUCUCCUAAAGUGACUCAUUCUAAACCAACCACACCUGCAGCACACACCAAAAACCAAGAGGCCACAAAGUCACCCAAGCAAUCCACAGGGCGUAUAAAAUUCAAGGACACAAAGCAGAAGAGCAAAUCAUUUGAUGACAACACUCUGCCUUGUCAGAUUCAUAUGAAAGCACAAUGUAAUGGGGCACCAGGAGGACUUAUAGAUGGACAGGCAGUGAAUGUGCCACCUGGGCUGGAGAGACAGCUACAAAAUGUGGAGGAGAACCUUCAGUCCAAUCAGGAGAAGAUUAAGGUGCUUCUCAAUGUGAUUCAAGACCUGGAGAAGAGCAAAGCUUUAAGCGAAGGUCGCAGCUCAUACAGAACUGGCCAAGACAUAAACAACUGCCCCACCUGCCAGAAGACAGCCUGCAUCAUUUACAGCGUGGAGCAUGAUUUCCGACAGCAGGAGGGACGCUUCCAACGGGUGAUUGAAGCCCUCGAGGGUGAAUAUGAUGUGCCUGCCCCAACUCAGACCAAGCCCCUGCCAGCUCCAUUGUCCUCCAGCCGCCCAAGCACCAAGGCACGUGUUAAGAAACUGCGCAAGAAGUGUUUCUGGUGGCUCUAACAGUCAUGGAAAUCACAAACACCUUUCUGGCCAGCAGCUGCUCAUCCUAAGGCCUGACAGAAUCUCAUGGUAACAGUGCAGAUGAAUAAACACAGAUGGAAAGGAAAAUAGAUUAUAAUAGCCACGGAGAUUUUUCCUCAGCUCCAGAGGAUGACUGCUUGGGAUAAUAAUAAUAAGACUUCAUGGGAUAAUUUCUCAACUAACUUGAAAUUAGAGUAAGGAUGCUGUUUUUAAACCAAAGUUGUAGAGAAUAAUUAAGAAAGACUGGGGACCUCUGAUAUCAAAUGGCUUCCCUGGCCGACUGAACGGAUGGACAGAUCAAUGGGCUGUCACAGCAAUAAGGGAAAGACUUGAUGUUAAUCCCAGGAAUUAAACCGCCUGGAAUAUUCAUUUGGAAGUUCUGGAAUGUGAAUGUAGCAACACUUGAAUUACUAGAGGCGUGUCGUCGAACACGAGCCGACGACCCAUCUGGAAACGGAGCGCUUGCUCAACGGAUCAACAGCAUAAUGGAAAAUGCACUCAGAAUAUAUUAAGAGACAAUGUGAUAGGCAGUUGUUGAAAGACUGACAAGUGUGUCAGAUAAUUAAAAAAAAAAAUCUGUCAACACUGGCUGACAGAGUGAUUUAUUCUCUCUCUCUUAUUUUUCAUCCAAAAUGGAAAUUUGUUCUGCUCAAACUCAAUUUCUUUUCCAAGGAGUUUCACAAACUGUGCAUACAAAUCCUUGCACAGAAACAGGUUCAUGAGCACUGACUUACACCUCCAAUAAACCAACUGAAUCACUAGAAAUAACUUUGCCACAUAUGCCUGCAUAAAGUCCAUAUUUAUUCCACUUCUGAUCCACACCACCAAUCACUUUGCUUUUAAAACCUAGCCAGCAUUAACAAUGUAAAACUGUAUCAUUAUUUAUUCAAUUGAAGCCAAUUUGCUGCCAUUGGUUUAAGAUUAAGAGGCAAACUAAAAGUUGAGGUUUGAAUAUUCCUGAAUUGCUUACAUUGCACAAAAGGAUUAUCUGUUUAUGCAUUGAAAUGUUUUCCAAAAUUUAUAUAAAAAAAAAAUUAGGUGUUUAAACUUUCCAUGUUAAAUUUAGAGUUUUUUUUUUUUUUGAGAGUUUAUGACACACUUAGUAAUAUGACAACAGAAUCACAAUCUACCAAGGAAGAAAUACAUAAAGUAGUAAAAUCCUCAACAGCUCUACGUUGUUGUUCAUGAAUGUAAAAACAGGGCUACUUUUUGUCUUACACAUAAUUUGUACCAUGCUUGCUCCCCAGCCAUUGAGGGCAUAAUCACUAAUCAUACAAAGCCUACUUCAACAUCCUCUGGCUGACAAGUUGCCACCAAUUAGAAUCCUGGAUGACAGCACACUUACUAAUUAUCCAAUCUAUAUCCAGAACGCCCUGUCAUUUUAUAAUCUGUAACUUCAGUGCGUGAGCUGCAGCAAAGCCCUUUCAUCUGAUCUUCCACUUGUAUGUCCAAUAAAACGUGUAUUUUGAACAGAA